GUCUACACAAUCUGCUUACGGUGGUCUCUAACCGAUGAUGGAACUGACAUUCACAGCGUAUGUCUGUCGGAGAGAACUCAGAGAAGCCGUUCGAUUAUGGAAGACCUGGGGGUCGAAGGAAUAGUUGUUAUUUGCUCCAUUUUGAUUCUGGUAUUCGUAUUCUUCUGCGGUAAAUGGACAUACAAUCGCUACUUCAUCUAUUUACGAGCACGACAACAAUCGAAAAUGAUCCAGUCUGUAUCGGGACAAUCAGUAUUGAGUCAACGAAGCAGCGAUGAUGCGAUAACAUUUGAGAACCACCAACUUCAGAUGUGUUCUUCGUUUUGUGACAGAGACAGCAUGGCUCAUGGACCACUUCUGAUCAAUGUUACGUGA